AUGUCAACUGGUCAGGUGGGAACAUUAGAAAAGAAUAUCUGUGAUAUUAUUAAUGGUGGUCAAGGGAAUGUUUCUGAAUACGACGGAUAUACAGCUUGUCCUAUAGUUACAGGUUAUAAUCGUGGUAUUAUAGCGGAAUUUGAUUAUAGAGCUAAACCAUUAGAAACAUUGCCUAUUGAUCAAGGGAAAGAACGUUAUUUAUUCUAUUUUACAAAAACAUACCUUCUACCACCACUUUAUUGGGAUGGACUUUUAAGAGGAAUAUGGUCUGGUCCAAAAACUAUCCGAAAUCUGCUGCACUUACAUCGACCUUCAUAUUCAGAUGCAGAAAAAUGA